AUGAAAGAAAUGAGAAGAAGGCUAAAUCAAAUUAUUAGCUCUUCCUUCAAAAUGAAAAAGAUAUCUUGGAGAGGAAAUGGAGUAAAAAAUAUUGAAUAUUAUAGACAUUAAAAAAAAAUACCUGCUUAAAUAUGAAUUACAGUAAUUAUUAAGAAUAUUCUUAUGUUACAAAAACCAAUCAAUAAUUACAUAGUCUUAUGUGA